AUGCGCACGACACAGACCAGCCAGCGGCGUUUCGCACCUUGCGAGCUGCACUGCGCCUUUGGCUCCGAUGCAGUGAGCUGGGCUCCAGGUGGCCACAGCCACCCUGACACACCACCCAACAUCUAUGAAGGAGGUCUGGGGGCCCAGCAGCAGCAGCAGCAGCAACAGCAGCAACAGCAGCUGCAACAGCAGCAGCAGCAGCAGCAACAGCAGCAGCAGCAGGGCCCCGGUGCCCAGGGAAGCAAGCCCAAGAACUUCCGAUUGCGUCACCUCCGGAGCCUGGCUCUCUACCUGCCAGGCUACAUGCAGCCAGCUGGCCAAUGUGGAGGCCACUGGUUAGGCCGGCUCAUGGCUGGGAGCAGCCUGCCACUGCCUGAAGGCUCGGCGUGGCCCCUGGACCUGCCACAGGGGACCCCGGGUCCAGGUAACAGCCAUUGCUCAGCCCUUCUGGAAGCCCAACUGCCCAGGGACAUCCUGGGAAAUAAAGCUUCCGGUUCCGGCAUGGAUCCAGCCAAGGGUGUCCCCUCCCAGUCUGGUCCCCCUGAGGGCUUGGGACUCAGGCCCAAGAGGUCCUGGAGAGCCCUGGAGGAGACCAUGUGUCCCUUGUGCAAGAGAACCCGCUCUGGGGCCUUGGAGAGGACAUAAGGAGCCCAAGUGCCAGGGCUGGGGACAGCAGGGGAAGGAUGGCCGAGGAGGAGGAGGAGGCCAGGGUUCCUGAGGAAGGGUUCAGUCCCAGCAGCGGCCCUCCCCACUGACAUGGCCCCCAUAGGUGCCCAGCACCAGACCUGGGCUAGUCUGGGGAAAGCAUGAGGAGGGUGGGAGGAGGAAGUCCCAUGGGAGGGACAGAAGAAAUGGAAGCAUGCCCAUGCCCUUGCAGCCUGCCCAAACUCCGGUCAGCCACUUGGACCUGGGAGGCCAGGCUGAGCAGAGAAUCGGGUUCCUGAGAGGCCAGGGAGUCCUCAGGUCUAAUCUCAGUAAAAGCCAAGGCCUGCA